AGGUUCCCCAUUUGGAGGGACUAGCAACAGUUUACAUUAAUGCAUAAAAGAAUGUCUGCACUGUUGGGUUUCUGUCUUCCAAAAUUUCCAAUUUCUUCUUUCCUGCUAAGGUUGGUUUGCCUUCUUUUUGUUCUUUCUGUUCUCAUUUCUUCUUCCCCUUCUUGUCACCUAAUGGUGUCUUUUCUAUACUAAAAACAAGGGAAACAGAGCUCUCUGGAGCUUACCUCUCUCCAAAAAUCAAAACCCAUCUUCAGAUACCUCCAAAAUCUUUAAUUUCCUUUCUUGAUUUUGCUUCUUCCUCUGAAAUUCGUCUAAUUUUUGUUGGGUUUUGCUUCUUCCUCUUAAAGUCGUCUGAUUUUUGUUCUCAACUGGAAUUUCAGACAAAUGGGCUAAGUGUAGUGCAGGAAGUAGGAAGAUUGAGUUUUGAUGAGGGUUUUGUUCCGUAAGAUUCGUUGUCCUUUCAUCUGUUUCUGCAAACCUUCUCCUCAUCUGUACCCUGCAGGACCAUUGAAAUUGGAAAACGGACAUCAUGUUCCUACAACAAAAGAUGUGACUGGAACUGAUUUCACCGGCAGUGAUUGUGUCUCCUGUGAUUAUGACACAGCUAGGGGUAAGGAUGAGAGUGUUGUGGAUGUGAACAACAGGCAGGAAGGAGGUGAGAAUUGCCAGGAAAGUAAUCUAAGGAAGGCAGAUUCCGAUGGAGUGAGGAGGAUACGGAUUAUGAAGUCGAUGAGACAAGAGGAUGUGUUUGUGUAAUUCUAUGAUAUUGCUAAAUUAGCUUAGCAAAGUUCUAUUGCAUCACAACAUCAAGAAGAGCAGAGUUUCCAACUAUUUCAGACCUAAUUUUACAUUAGCCGGAAAAACAUUCAUGUCAGGUCGGUACCAAGUGCGAUUUAUAUUCUCUACCUCUCUGUUAAUCAAGAACACUUCGUGGGAAUGAUAAUUUUUUUUUUUUAGUUGUUUCAGUGAGAAAAGUAAUAAUUUCUCAUCUCUUAU